UCACCCAGCAGCCCAGAGCCCCCCGCCCUCCUCCAUACACUCGCACACAGCGCUUUGAGCUGAGCCCCAUCUCUUCAAGAUGUCCAAGGUAGCCAAGUACCGCAGGCAGGUGAGCGAAGAUCCUGAUAUCGACAGCUUGCUGUCUACGCUGUCUCCGGAGGAGAUGGAGGAGUUGGAGAAGGAGCUGGAUGUGGUGGAUCCAGAUGGGAGUAUUCCCGUGGGGCUCCGGCAGAGGAACCAGACGGACAAGCAGUCCACAGGCUUGUACAACCGUGAAGCCAUGCUCAAUUUUUGUGAGAAAGAGACCAAGAAACUCAUCCAGAGGGAGAUGUCAAUGGAUGAAAGCAGGCAAGUGGAGACCAAGACAGAUGCCAAGAAUGGAGAUGAGAGGGGCAGGGAUGCUGGUAAAAAAGUCCUUAGCUCCAAACGGGACUCAGAGCUGGGAAAAGAACAGAAGAAGGACAGUCCAAAGAUAAGCCGACAAAGAGAAAAAGAUGAAGCAGAUGGCAAAAGUAAAGAGAGGCUGAAGGAUGACAAAGUACUGAGGGGGAUAGACAAGGGCAGGGUCAAGGCUGCUGUGGACAAGAAAGAGACAGGAAAGGAUGGGAGAGAAGAAAAGACAGCAGCAUUAAAGAAAGACGAUGAAAAGAAGGGGAUUGAAAAAAGCAGGAGUGUGAACAAAGAGAAGGAGAAGAAGGGAGAGGACAAGAGUGACACAGUGGAUAAAAAAAAGGAGGAAGAGAAAGUGAAGACGGGGAGUGGCAAAGUGGAGGCCAAAAAGGAAGAUGGGAAAGUUAAGAAGGGGGAGCCCGCUACUCAGAAGGACCCCAAGGAUAACGCUGAUGCCAAGAAUACUAACGCCCCAGAGCCUGAGAAGCCCACCCCCAGUAACCCUGCCAAGGCCCCAGAGCCUGAGAAGCCCACCCCCAGUACCCCUGCCAAGGCCCCAGAGCCCCCAGCAAAAGCAGAAGAGGAAGCAGCCCCCAGCAUAUUUGAUGAGCCUCUGGAAAGGGUGAAGAACAAUGACCCGGAGAUGACCGAGGUAAAUGUCAACAACUCGGACUGCAUCACAAAUGAGAUUUUGGUCAAAUUCACCGAGGCACUGGAAUUCAACACUGUGGUCAAGGUGUUUGCCUUGGCCAACACCCGGGCAGACGACCACGUAGCUUUCGCCAUCGCUAUCAUGCUCAAGGCCAACAAGACCAUCACCAGCGUCAACCUGGACUCGAACCACAUCACUGGCAAAGGCAUCCUCGCCAUCUUCCGGGCUCUGCUCCAGAACAACACCCUGACGGAGCUUCGCUUCCAUAAUCAAAGACAUAUCUGUGGAGGCAAGACCGAAAUGGAGAUCGCCAAGCUCCUGAAGGAGAACACCACACUGCUCAAGCUGGGCUAUCACUUUGAGCUGGCAGGCCCCCGGAUGACCGUCACCAAUCUGCUCAGCCGCAACAUGGACAAACAGAGGCAGAAGAGGCUGCAGGAGCAGAAACAGGCACAGGGUGUGGGCGGGGAGAAGGACCAGCUGACAGUCCCCAAGAUUGGGGCCCUGCCCAAAGGCUCCCCAAAGCCAUCACCACAGCCCUCUCCAAAGCCCUCCCCGAAGAACUCCCCCCAAAAGGGAGGCACUCCUGCUGCCCCACCCCCACCCCCACCUCCCCUGGCUCCACCCCUCUUGCCAGAGAACCUGAGGAAUUCCCUUUCUCCAGCCACUCAAAGGGAGAUGGGAGAUAAGGUCCUCCCAGCACAAGAGAAGAACUCCCGGGACCAACUGCUAGCUGCCAUCCGUUCCAGCAACCUCAAGCAGCUCAAGAAGGUGGAAGUGCCCAAGCUGCUUCAGUAG